UCUGUCUGUGUGUCCUGCCAACUCAUGAAGUGUGUCACUUGACGUACACACGUAAAUAGGCUACUUUCGCUAUUUCUAUUUGCUAAUUAUGGAUGCUCCUUCGGGUUUCCGACAGCGUAAGUCAAAGACGAGUAGCCAGAAGCGGCGUCCUAAAGGUCAGAAGGGCAAGCCACAGUUGUUUGAAGACACCAGUAUGCAACAGCCUUCGCCCCAGCAGGGGUAUGUGGCACCACCAGGAGCAGGAUAUAGUAACUAUGGUUACAAUGUUAACAAUAGUUACAGAGCACCAGCCAAAGAAAUGGGACAAGGAUAUGAUCAGGGUGGCUAUGGAAAUCCAGCUAUGCAGUUUCCUGGGCAACAGUUUAUUAAUGACCCCAUGAUGACCAAUAUGGCUAUGCAGUAUGGUAGUUCACUGGCUGACCAAGGCAAAGAUUACGUCAACAAAAAUCUUGAGAAAUAUGUAUCAACAUCAAAACUGAAGUAUUACUUUGCUGUGGAUACAGCAUAUGUAGGAAAGAAGCUUGGUUUGCUGUGUUUCCCAUUCUCUCACACAGAUUGGUCGAUAAAGUUCAAUCAGGAUGAGCCUGUAGCGCCAAGGUAUGAGAUGAAUGCCCCUGAUCUGUACAUCCCAGUGAUGGCCUUUGUAACAUAUGUACUAGUCGCAGGCAUAGUGAUGGGAACGCAAAACAGGUUUACACCAGAACAGCUGGGAACACAAGCAAGUACAGCCUUGGUCUGGCUCAUCAUGGAACUGGUGGUGUUGCUUUUAACCUUCUAUGUGAUGAACAUUAACACAGACCUCAAGUAUCUCGACAUCCUUGCUUUCUGUGGUUACAAGUUCUUGGGGAUGAUCGUUAGUCUGCUGGCAGGGUUGCUGUUUCAGUCAACAGGAUAUUAUGCUGUCCUUUUAUGGUUUAGUUUAUGUAUAGCAUUUUUCUUGAUAAAAUCUUUACGAGUUCAAAUAUUACCUCACUCGGAAGGGGAUGGAUUCUCAAAGGGAAGUAAGCGGAGCCUUUACCUGAUACUGUGUAUAUCCCUGGUACAACCUCUCAUGAUGUGGUGGCUGACCAGUCAUAUUAUGUUCGUUAGGAAAUGAUCAUCACCUCAUCCAAACUGCUGUGUGAAUGAUACACUUGACAAGCCAAAUCAUUAUCUGGAUGUGUGCAAGUUCAUUGUGGUGCAUUGUAACUGGUUAUCUUGCCAGUGAGACGGUAGAGGUUGCCAUUUCAGGAGGUGCCUGUUUUCGAACAGGUCAUGUUUGCAUGUUUUUGCUGAACAGGUGCUUGUAUUACCAGAUGUUUAAAGACAUCAAGUAUUUUCUCCUGUUAAACUAUUUAAUCAAGAUAGUUAUGCUUGAAAUGUGGUAAAGGAAAUGUUCACUGGAUAAAGUGGGGUUUUUCCCAUGUGGUUGUAGUCAAUGAAGUUAGAAUUUGAAUAUUAUUAAAAAAAAAUUGUACAAACAAAAGCUAUGGCACAGUGUUACAGGGAGUUGUAUACAUACACAGUUUGAUAAUGUAUAUGUCCAAUGACAUCAAUAGUGCUAUUCACUGUUUUUUGUUCAUUUACAUUUUUUUUUAUUGAUAAAUUAUUAUUUAUAUUGACUUAUUGUUUGUAAAUGUACAUUAAUUUGGGCAUAGUUUAUUGUAAGAAUGGCUUAACAUGACCUGAGAGGAGGCUUUUACCUGUGUUGUAUGUGUCUGUAACAGUCUUGGAUCUGUGAGGGAGAAUGCUGGUAAACAUUUGUGAGUAUUACUGAAAUGGAAAGAAGUAUGACUGGUUAUAAAGUUUCUGUAUAAUGAUUCAGAUAUGGUCAGUAAUUAUGAUCUAAAUGUAUUACGAUCUCUAUAGCUACAUACAAUGUACAGAUAAACUGCUAUCAUAUUCUUAACUUACACACUUUAACAUUAAACAGUUUCCAGGUGUGGAGACUCAUCACCAGAUGUAUUAAAACAUAAGUGCUGUGUAUAUUAAACUAGUGUAUAGUGUUAUAAUUUUACUAAGUACAGUCUGUAUGUAGUAGCAGAAGAAUGCUUUAAAUCACAACUCAUCCUGAAUGUAUACUGCAAUCUAAGAAACCUGAUGUGCAACAGAAUAUACAAGCUGUUAGUGAUAUUACUUUUUAUCAUUUCUUUAAAAGUAAAAAAAAAUCAUGAAAUCUGAGAUUAUAAAAUGUUCAUUACAUGUCAUAUCAGACUUCACAUAUAUAAAGGGAGUUUUGUGAUAUGUACACAAACACAUAGAAGAUAGCAGUGACAUGACUUUAGUUGUGAUAAAAUCAGUAUUUAAUCUGUAUGUGAGCAUAUUCUACGUCAUAAGAAAAUAACAAUUUUCUGUUCAAUAGAUUCACAAAAAAUACAUCUAGAUUAUAUUUUGUUAUUUAAAAAAUUGCCAAACCAUGUAUAGCUAUAUCUCUGUACCCACUUCGUAUUAGCCAUGACCAAUUUUAUUUCUUCUGUAUUUCGUCAUUGAAUUAAUGAAUGUGGUAUUCUAUUCUCAGAGAGCAUAUCAUUUAAACUUUAAAGGUAUAAUUUUUUACCAUCAAUAGAUUUCAACAUGUAUCAUGACUGUGAUAUAAACAUUUCUUUCUUUUUUUUCCUUUUCUGGAACUCUUUUAAGAGCUUGAGGGUACAUGCAUACAGUAUGUUGCUGUAGGAUCGUUGUAGAUGUGGAGGCAUUUAAUGGCUAGUCAUUCCACACAGUAAUUUUAUUUUGUGGAGACAGCAAUAUUUUGAUCAGGAUAUUGUGCUCCGUAUCGUAUGGAAGCUUGAUUGUUUUCUUGUUUGCAAAAGAUAAGGGAAAAUGAAACAAUCCUUGUGGGGGAAGCAGUAUUUUGAUCAAUAUAUUAAAGUAUAUAUAUUAACAUGUGUGGAAGCUUGGUCGUUUUCUUAUUUUCGAAAUGUGAAAGUGUUUGACACUAUACUGUAUUUAUAAGUCAAAGGGGUGAGAACUCCGAGAUAUUUUGCCUUGGUAUAACGAUGCAUGCAGCAAAACAAAUAAAAUUGUGAUGUAAAUUUUGUGAA